UCGCUCAGAUCUUCUCGCCAGCUCGCUGUCUGCGUCUUGUGGUGUCUAACGUCCUCGACUUCGUGGACCACCCCCCCCCCCCCCCCCCCCCCCCCCCCUAUUUGUCGCCCUGUUCGGAGGACAUGGCCGUUGUCAUGUCUGCAGGUCAGUGCCGCUGCAUUAGACACUCACAGACCGAGUUUUACUCUGCAUUUGCUGUUGUUGUCGACCCACUCGCCACCGCGCCACGGCACGUUGCUCUCGAAUCGUCGCGCCUGAAUUCCUUCGUGGUCUGCAUAAUCGUAGCCUUGCUAAUGUUCGUCUUCACCCGCGCAAAGUGGUUUCAUCGCCCCGUUGUCGUCUUGCAGUACUCUUUCCGGCCCGCGUCGUGCUUGAUGGCCUCGCGGUGGGCGGACAGGCCGCCCCCCCGGACUCUGGCGGUUAGUGUGUCCGCCCUAGACGUACACCGGCUAGGCAUGUGGUGCUUGUAGGGACUCAGCUGGGCCUGUGGUGAGCGGUGAUCUGUUGGGUCAGUAGCUCGCUG